UUGGGAUGCAAGGUUUUCUGGCUGCAGGUGUAGCUCUCCCUCUACUCUGCUAUGUUCCCUUCUCACACAGGAGUUCUAAGGUUUAUUCCAUUUCCAAAUGUAUGUUUAUGAUUUAAUAAAUACCAACCAUACAUAGUAUGUGCCAUUUCUGCCAGCAGGUGUGAAGAAAAAAUUGAUGAUUUUGAAAUAAUGGAGCAGUCCCCGACCAUCCUGCCUACUCUGGAGUUCAUGGCCACUAACAGGAGCCAGGUCAAUGGAUCUUUUAUGAAUUUGCAAUCAUCAGAAGAAAUAUUAUACUGUGUUUCUCUUUUCAUUUCCCUACUAGGGAUAGUCGGCAAUGGACUUGUCAUUUAUUUCCUUCUCUUCCACUUCAAGAAGACAUCCUUCAUUGUCUACAUCCUGCAUCUCUCAAUUGCUGACCUGACUUUCCUUGUUUGUACAAGUACCUUUCUUAUAAAAGAUAUAGUUUACUUUUAUUCUCACAGGAACUUAAUUAGAUCAAAAUUAUUUCUGAUGAUCUUCUAUAUGCUGAUUCUGUUUGGCUACAACACUGGCCUCUAUCUCCUGACAGCCAUCAGUGUAGAAAGGUGUCUGUCGGUUCUUUACCCCAUUUGGUACCAAUGCCAACGCCCAAAACACCAAUCUGCUGGGGUAUGCAUUUUCCUUUGGGCAUUCUCCAUUUUUGUGACCUGGUUAGAAAGCUCUGUGUGUGUGGGAGAACCAGAGCCCAAAUUCCCUUUUAGACCCUGUGCUGUUGUGGAAGUAUUUUUGCUUAUCUUGAACUUCCUCGUGUUUGCCCCUCUCAUGGUCUUCUCAAGCUUGACUCUCUUCAUCAAGGUCAUCUGUAAUCUGAAGCAUCGCCAGCCAGCCAAGCUUUACAUCAUCAUCAUCACCACAAUCAUUCUGUUUCUUGUUUUUGCCAUGCCUUUGAGAAUCUUGCUGAUGUUGUACAACUUCCAAUAUGAAAACGAUUCAUUUUUAUCGAUGUUAUAUUCAUAUUUGAAUUUAUUAUGCUGUAUCAAUAGUACUCUUAACCCAGUUGUCUAUUUAGUGGUUGGUCAAAUCAGGAGAAAGAGGACCAGGAAGUCCUUAAAAGAUACAUUGCGAAAGGUAUUUGAGGAUAAGCCACGUCCAAGAGUCUAAAGAGAAAUCUGGGCACUACAAAAUCAGCAUCCUUAACCCACAACAACACUAAAAAGAAAAAGAAUGGUGCCCUGUAUAAAAAGCAUUAGGAACCCAGGAAAAUCAAUCUUUAGCCAGGGGAAGAAAAGAUUUCUACCUAUUUCUUUGUUUGUGAAGCAAUUGGGAUUUAGUGACUUCCCUAGUCACACAGCUAGGAAGUGUUUUGAGGUCACAUUUGAAUUCAGGUCCUCCUGACUUCAGGGCUGGUGCUCUAUCCACAGUACCACUUAGCUGCCCCUAAAUUGCUAUCUAUUCAAGUGGAUAGUUUUUAAACUCUAUUUGUAUCUCUAGGGAAAGAAGAAAGACUGAGAAAAAGUGUCAUUAGCAUAUUUACUUUUGAGGUUAAUCCCUUCCAUUCACUGGCUUCUUUACAUCCUGCCCUUCACACUAGAUUUAGAGAACCUGGUUAUUUUAGGAAGACUUUGGCCUAUCCGCUCCCUUCCUUCCUCCUUCCUUCUCUCAUUCAAUGAUGUCUCAGUAAUUCCAAUCUACAUAUCUGGCCUUUCUCUCUAUCUCCAUUCUGAUGUCAUCAGCUGCCUACUUGGUAUUAUCAAAGGUAUCCCAUUGACAUCUCCCUGCAAGGCAUGCACAACACUGCUCACUCUCUUUCCCUCUAUAUACAUGCACCCCUUCCUCAUUUUCCAAUUCUUUAUCAAUUCUACUUCGACAACCCCUCUGGAGCCAGGCCCUUGCCCUCUGGACUAUUGCAAUAGCUUUGAAGUUGAUCUCUCAAUUUAAAUCUCUUUAAUCUACUGGCUACACAUUUGCCAAAAUGAAAUUUCUAAAGCACAGGUGUGGUGUUUUUCUUCUUUAAAAUAACAAUGGUUUUCUCUGGGAGAAAGCAAGUUUCUAGGGGAAGUUUUCUGGAAGCAGCCUUAGUUGCAGUUGAAAGUAAUAAUCACUUCAAAAGCAGCCAGGUGAUAAAAAUGCAAACGUUUAUUUUCUCCUUCCAAAAUAGCCGGGUUAAUUGAGGCCUAUCUCUCUGCUUGGUUCUAAGAGCUCUUGCAGAUUGUCCUUUGCUUCAGCCUCCAGCCAGCCAAGGGAAAAAUGGAAUGAAUCUCUUGUCUCCUUCUUUUGGGGCUCGGCUAGCUUUCUGGAGAGUCUUUCAAACCAGCUUGGUCUCAGUGGGGGAGGUGCAGGAGCCCAGACACCACAAUGCUGUGAGAUGAAGAUGAAUCUGGUUGUGCCUCUGAGAAAGUGCUUCUCCUCAACUGAACUGAUGCUUCCUUCUCAAUCUCAGCUGAACUCUCCUGAUUGGGCUCAUUGAAGCUCGAUUUAUGCUCCUUCUUCGAGAGAGGGAUUGUGGGAUGCUAGAGAGAGGGAUUAUGGGUUUUCUCCCAUAGUGCUCUCUGGCCCUGAGAGCUUCAAGGGAGAUGUGAAUUCACAAAGUUAUAAAGUUUACUUUGUGAAUCUCCCCAUAUUUGUGAACUCCAAUGAGUACUUAAAACUUCUUGCUUAUAUGAGCUCUCUAAAGGUGUGAACACAAGCAUAGUAUCAAUUAGUUCUACUUAGUACCUUGUUUCAGGUUCUGGCCCAAAACAUCUCCUUGUAAGGUCAGAUCAAUGAUACUGAACCAUGCUAAAUUAGAUAAUUAUCGUCUCUAUCAACUCUAAUGACUUAACAAUUUGUAAAGAUUCCAACACACAGGUAUAUUACUCCUUGUCUCAAGAAGCUCCAAUGGCUUACUAUAGCUUCUGAGAUAAAAUGCAGACUCUUUAAAUCCCUUCCUAAGCCAGCUCCAGACGACCUUUCUACUGAUCUUCCAUUAUACUACCCUCAUGCAUUCUAUGUUCCAGUCAGACUUUUGCAUUCCUAUACACAAUAUUCCACUUCCCAUCUCCUGCUUUUCUGGAGGUUUCACUCAUACCUGGGAUGUUCACUUUUCUUACCUGCCAAACUUAGAAUCUAACAAAGAUCAUAACAAGACUCAGAUCAAGUAUCACCUCUUAUGAAGGACUUCCCUAAAAUUAUUAGUAUUCUAUUGCCCAAAAAUUCUUUAUAAGUUUUUCUGUGUGGUGGUGUUAUUAUUCUUUACUCCCUAAAGAAUUAAAGUUCCUUUUUUUGUGUGUGGUGGUGUUAUUAUUCUUUACAUCCUAAAGAAUGAAAGUUCCUUAAGGGCAGAGACUGAGGUUUGUUUUUUUUUUUUAAUUUUAUUUUGAACAACUUAGCUCAGUAUAUCACUAGUAUUUAGUAUACAGUAGGCACUUAAUAGAUGUUUGCUUAAGUGAAUUAUUUAAUUGAUUAGAAGUUAUUAUUAGUUUCCAAAGUAUUUGGAAAGUUAAAAAGUAAAGGAAUUGUUGUUAAUACUGUUAAAAGUAAAGGAACAGGAAGUCACAACAACAGAAAAACUAUAAGUCCAGGCUCUAAAACUUGCUCCACAAAAAUUUAGAAAACCUAUCAGACCAAGGUCUGAUGGGGAAAUCCAAGGAAAAAAAGUCACAUUGAGGCAUCUUCCCAGCUAAGGUCAGUAGAGAGAGUCAGAGAUGGACACUGGAGAGAAGCUGUAGCCAAGGAGUGAAGGAGGAUGGAGAUUGUAUACCAGCAGAAAGCACCAGGGCACAAAAAGAUCUCAGGCUGACUCUGAGUGGUGCUAGUGAUAGGAGUUGGUGCUGUGUCUCCUCUCUGUCACUCACUCCCCAUCUGCAGGUUGGCCUGGGAAGGGUCUUGGCCCAAGGUAUGGCAGAGUAGAGGAGCCACAGACCAUCCUUGGCUGUGUACCGAGCAAAGAACAGGGUCAGAAACAAGCACUAGCUCUGUGGUUCUGAAUCCAGAAUCAGAUCAAGGACUCUGUUUUGUUCUCAAGACUAGGCUGAAAUUCACAAUGUAAUAACCAGGGCAGGAAUUCCAGAAGAAAAGGGAGCAUCAAGUUUUGUCACAGUGAACUUGCAUGGUUUCUGAGCAUUGGUCUCCUGGAACUUCCCACCAGUAACAAGCCAACAAAUGUCUUGCUGGGUCAGGAACUUGGGAGCUCAGAACCAUACACUGUACACAAUAAAAGCAAUACAGUAUGAUGACUAAUUGUGAAUGAUUUAGCUCUUCUCAGAAAUACAAUGAUCCAAGAUAAUUCCAAAAGACUCAUGAUGAAAAUAAUCACGUUUUUCUAGAGAAAAAAAUGAUAAAGUCCCAAUAUAGAUCCAAGCAUACUAUAUUUUCACUUUAUUUUUUGUGGGGGGGGGGGGGUUUGGUCUGUGUUUUCUUUCACAACUUAACUAAUAUGGAAACGUUUUAUAUGAUUGCACAUGUAUAACCUGUAUCAAAUUGCUUAUUAUCUCAAAGAGAGGAAAGAAGUGAGAAAAUAUGGAACUCAAAAUUGUAAAAAAUAAAUGUUAACAAUUGUUUUUACAUGCAAUUAGGAAAAAUAGAAUAUUUUUUUAAAAAGAAAUAAAAUGAAAUUUUAAAAGAUAAUUUGGUUUUUUAAAGAGCUAAAAGUGAUUUUUGAAAUCAAAAUGUUAGUAGUAGAGGAAAAGUGGGAAAAGAAAUAAGAAUUAUGGAAAAGUUGAAAAGAAAUUUAACAGUUUAAAACCAGAGGUGCAAAAUCUUAUUCAGGAAAAUUGGAUUUACAAGCCAUUCUCCAAUUGAUAAGUGGUCAAAGGAUAUGAACAGACAUUCAAAGACGAAGAAAUUAAAACUAUUUAUAGACAUAUGAAAAUAUGCUCCAAAUCAUUAUUAAUCAGAGAAAUGCAAAUUAAGACAACUCUGAGAUAUCACUACACAUCUAUCAGAUAGCUAGAAUGACAGGGAAAGACAAUGCGGAAUGUUGGAGGGGAUGUGGGAAAACAGGGACACUGAUACAUUGUUGGUGGAAUUGUGAACACAUCCAGCCAUUCUGGAGAGCAAUUUGGAACUAUGCUCAAAAAGUUAUCAGACUGUGCAUACCCUUUGAUCCAGCAGUGUUUCUACUGGGCUUAUACCCCAAAGAGUUCUUAAAGAAGGGAAAGGGAUCUGUAUGUGCCAAAAUGUUUGUGGCAGCCCUGUUUGUAGUGGCUAGAAGCUGGAAAAUGAAUGGAUGCCCAUCAAUUGGAGAAUGGUUGAGUAAAUUGUGGUAUAUGAAUGUUAUGGAAUAUUAUUGUUCUGUAAGAAAUGACCAGCAGGAUGAAUAUAGAGAGGCUUGGAGAGACUUACAUGAACUGAUGCUGAGUGAAAUGAGCAGAACCAGGAGAUCAUUAUAUACCUCAACAACAAUACUGUAUGAGGAUGUAUUCUGAUGGAAGUGGAUCUCUUCGAUAAAAAGAUCUAAUUCAGAUUCAACUGAUCAAGGAUGGACAAAGCAGCUAUACCCAAAGAAAGAACACUGGGAAAUGAAUAUAAACUGCUUGCAUUUUUGUUUUUCUUCCCAGGUUAUUUAUACCUUCUAAAUCCCAUUCUCCCUAUGCAACAAGAGAACUGUUUGGUUCUGCACACAUAUAUUGUAUCUAGGAUAUACUGUAAUCUAUUUAACAUAUAAAGGACUGCUUGCCAUCUUGGGGAGGGGGUGGAGGGAGGGAGGGGAAACAUCGGAACAGAAGUGAGUGCAAGGGAUAAUGCUGUAAAAAAUUACCCUGGCAUGGAUUCUGUCAAUAAAAGGUUAUUUAAAAAUUAAAAAUUAAAAAAAAGUUUUUGUACAAACAAAACUAAUGCAAACAAGAUUAGAAGGGAAACAAUAAAAAAUAAAAAUAAAAAAAAAAAAAAAAAGAAAAAGAACAAAUUAAAACCCUCCAAUUAAAUGCCAUUGAGAAACUCUGAAACUCAAAGGAGAGAUCAAUAAUUGAAACUAAUAAAA